AUGGUGUCUCGGGCGCGUCCGUGCGCCGGCGCACUGCUGGCGUGCGCGGCCAUUGCCGUUUCUUGCUUCUGCUUCCAGUUCCAGGGCGCCAAUGCGGCGGCGGCGACCCCGUCGUUCGGGGACAACUUCGAGAUCACCGGCGCGGAGGACCACGUCAAGACCUCCCCCGACGGCCAGACGUGGUACCUCUCCCUCGACAACAAGACGGGCGUCGGGUUCCAGACGAAGCAGAAGUACCUGUUCGGGUGGUUCAGCAUGAAGCUCAAGCUCGUCGGGAACGACUCCGCCGGCGUCGUCACGGCCUACUACAUGUGCUCUGACCUUGACGCGGCGCCGCAGCGCGACGAGCUGGACUUCGAGUUCCUGGGCAACCGCACCGGCGAGCCCUACAUCAUCCAGACCAACGUGUACCGCAGCGGCGUCGGCGGCCGGGAGAUGCGGCACUCGCUGUGGUUCGACCCCACCGUCGACUUCCACUCCUACUCCAUCCUCUGGAACCCCAAGCAGAUCGUAUUCUUCGUGGACAAGGUGGCGAUCAGGGAGUACCGCAACUCGGACAAGCCCAACAUGUUCUUCCCCAUCGCCAAGCCCAUGUACGUCUUCUCCAGCAUCUGGAACGCCGACGACUGGGCGACCCGCGGCGGGCUCGAGAAGACGGACUGGACCAAGGGGCCAUUCAUCUCCUCCUACAGCGACUUCACCGCCGACGCCUGCGCCUGGGCGUCCGGCCCGGCCCCGCCGGCGUGCGCGGCCGUCACCGGAGACAGCUGGUGGGACCAGCCGCCGGCGUGGGCGCUCGACAAGGGCCAGCGCCAGGACAACGGCUGGGUGGCCAGGAACCUCAUGAUAUACGACUACUGCGACGACCGCAAGAGGUUCCCCACCGUGCCGGAGGAGUGCGCGCUCAGGACGGCCACCACCUCCUGAUCUUGUCCAUCCAUCGUCCUGCGUUCACGCGAUUCAUUUUUUUGGGGGGAGAUCUCGUACGUACGUGUAGCUACUGAUCAUUGGUGAGAUGCAUGCAUGUAUGUUGAUGCGAUAUUGAUUGGCUGAGGUGGAUGUCAUGUGAAUGAUACUAGCCCUUUCUCUUGGUGGAAAUGGAUUGAUUUUUUUGGUCGGA